GCGGUAGCGUGUGCUGUAAAACCACAUGUUGUCCAGAUCCAUAUGGACCAAUCCCGCCUCCGGCCCAAAAUCCGCUCCAAACAGUCACUUUCUGCGUUGCCACGCAUUGAACCUCGUGUGGAUUGCCGAAAUACGGAAAUUUUGCUUGCUGAAAUAGCCAUUCAUCCAAAAAUGCGCCUCGUCGCUGAAGUUGAUUUUUUUUUUUUUUUUUGCCAAAAUUGGCGUCAAUUUCAGACUGCUGUAAUGCCCAGUCAGCGAACAUACGGCGCUGUCUAUGGUCAUUAACCUUAAGCUCCUGGGUCUGCUGGAUCUUGUACGGGUGCAGACCCAGGUCCCGCCGUAAAAUACUCCUUUCUGCAAAAGGCCGAGAUCUUGUGCGCGACGCGGAAUUGACUGCCGCGGGUUUUCGAAGACACUGUCGAGAGUUCGAGCGUCCCUAUUCUAUAACCCUUUAUAACCCUACUUUAAAAAACCAUUUUGGGUGGUUGAAUUUCGGGACACGGAUACUGCGUUGCAAUACGCAUCUAGGUCGAUUUCGUUGCGCGCCAUGUUCGAGCUUUACGCCCACUCCAACAAAUUACCAGAGUUUCACCAGAGGCUCCGGAAUCAUAUUACCGCGAACUGGAACACGCUUGUGGAAUACUUUCGGGUGGAGUGUAGUUUUAAAAUCGUUGUGGAGACCUACAACAAGCACUUCAGUCAAAGGGAAAAGGUCGAGAAAAUCGAGUCAAUGGAUUACUUGCCAAUAGAGGGUCCGGUCAACCUAAAGAAUCCCCAGGUGGAGUGGUGGUACAUCGAGUUUUGGGGCCUUAAUCCUACGGCUGUGCCAGCUGAGCCUGAGGACAUUAUGUUCGGUCGGCUGUUGGCCUAUGGCCAGCGGCAUUUGAUCAAGGAGCUUUCGCUGAAGCAGCGAAAGUUUAUCGGCAACACCAGCAUGGACGCUCAGCUGAGCCUGCUAAUGGCCAACCAGGCGAUGGUACGUAAAGGUGACCUGGUAUUUGACCCCUUUGUGGGGUCGGGCUCGCUUUUGGUAAGCGCCGCCAAGUGGGGCGGGUAUGUCCUGGGAGCUGACAUAGACUACAUGAUGGUGCACGCCCGCUGCCGGCCGAGUCGCAUAACCCAAAGAGUGCGUGAGAAGGACGAGAGUAUUCGGGCCAACUUGAAGCAGUAUGGUUGCGCUGAUCGCUACAUGGAUGUGGUGGUGGCCGACUUCUCCAACCCGGUGUGGGAUCCUCGUAUCUCGUUUGAUAGCAUAAUUACAGAUCCUCCAUACGGAAUAAGAGAGGCCAUGGAAAAGGUGGAGAAGAAGAUUAGCUUAAAGGCCAACACUAGAAGUGACAACAUGGUUCAUUACCCAUCAACGUCCCACUAUUCCUUGCAGAGUCUCUAUGGGGACUUACUUGUGUUCGCUGCGAAGCACCUAAAACUGGCAGGACGUCUUGUCUGUUGGCUACCAUUUCACAGCGAAGACUACGACCCUAAGAUGCUGCCACAGCAUCAGAAUCUGAAACUGAUAGCCAACUCAGAGCAGCAAUUGACUGGAAAAACUGCAAGACGGCUACUCACCUAUGAAAAGUGUUCCGAGUAUAGUCCGACUGAACCCUUUUUGGGCAGCACAACACAGUUGCCGACGCUCUCGCAGGACUUCAGGGAUCGCUACUUUAACAACGCUCUGGAGUCACGGAAGGAGCGUCGUGUGCGGAAGGCAGAGGUGCGGGAACAGGCUCGAGUGGAGAUGAAUGAACGGGGAAAGAUUCCCUCGGAUGGGCGCUCAAAAAAGUGUGAUCUGAAUAAGGCUCGAUUUGUCUGAUCUCCGUAAAAGUUCAAUUUAGGGCAACUUCUUUAUUUGUUGGCUGUGUGUCGCUGAGUUUUCUUUUAUGGCAUAAGAUUUUGAUUCAGAUUUGAAUAAAAAAGGAUAUAGAUAAUUAUGA